UCACACCUAUAGAUGCUCCGUGAGUGGUUCGGGGACUACCAAAUAUAGCGCCCGCUCAGCGCAUAUAAACUUCGACACCUCUAACGCACUCACCAUUUCUCCAAGAACUGCACACUCAUACUCACAGCUACAAUGUACUUCCCAAUCAAAGCGCUGGUUGCUAGUGCUCUCAUGGUAGUAUCUGUUUGUGCUCAGGGCGCCUUCAUUAACCUGCCUGCGCCUGGCUCCGAUAUCACUGCCGGUACCAACUUUACUGUGCAAAUAGGUCGCCCGGACACUCUCACUGGCAGUGAUGAGAUAGCAAUUGUAAUUGCUAUCCAGUCUUGUCCAACUGGGAACUGUCUCCCCAUUAGUGAGGAUAUGGGUACCGUCUUGUACGCAGGCCCGUUCAAUCCCCAGUUUGGGUCGGGCGCGUACGACCCAUAUGAAGACUUCUCUCUUCAAGUCCCUGCAUCCUUCGCUACCGGGCAAGCACAGCUUGGACUUGCUCACUUUAACCUUAUUGGAGUGCUUUACUGGCCAAGCUUACAACUCGUGAAUGAGACUGUUUACGUUGUUUAGGUAGCCCUGCACCAAGGCAGUACAAUAUAUAUGAUCUAUGCAGUUGAUGGCAUGGUCGCCUAUCAAAAUGAUCACCAUACCAACGUGCUCAUAUGAGCCAACCUGUGUAAUCUGCAAAGUUUC